AUGACGAAGCUUCAGCUUCUAAACACGAAUCAUACCCUUUGUUUCGCCAAGGGUUUUUAUCGUUAUCGUACCAGAUUAAAUCUUGCUUCCUUGGCAACUUCACCAAAUCUGAUAUCUGGUGGUUACAGCAGCAAAACUUGCAUCCCUUCCCGCUUGAAAUUUACUUGCUAUGCAACACUAUCUGCUGUGGUAAAGAAUCACACAUCAGCUUUUGAUGGGAAAGAAGCAGCGCUGCUUGUAGAAGAGCUCAGAGUCAACUUCAACACCGGCAGAGCAAAGAGCUACGAGUGGAGAAUCUCUCAGCUUCAAAACAUUGCCAAAAUGAUUGACGAGAAAGAGAGAUGCAUCGCCCAAGCUUUGUAUCAAGAUCUUUCCAAGCCUGAGCUUGAAGCUUUUAUUGCUGAGAUUUCGAAUACAAAAUCAUCCUGUAUGCUUGCAAUCAAAGAGUUGAAGAACUGGAUGGCUCCAGAAACGGUUAAAACCUCUAUGACAACAUUUCCCUCAUCUGCACAAAUUGUCUCAGAACCACUUGGAGUUGUUUUGGUUAUCUCAGCCUGGAAUUUCCCUUUCUUAUUGUCUGUUGAGCCAGUCAUUGGAGCUAUUGCAGCUGGUAACGCGGUUGUGCUAAAACCUUCUGAAAUCGCUCCAGCAACAUCUUCUCUUUUAGCAAAGUUGUUUAGUGAAUACUUGGACAAUACAACAAUCAGAGUUAUCGAAGGUGGAGUCCCUGAAACAACCGCACUGCUGGAUCAGAGAUGGGACAAGAUUUUCUUCACUGGUGGAGCAAGAGUUGGUCGCAUUGUAAUGGCUGCAGCUGCAAAAAACCUUACUCCAGUGGUUCUCGAACUUGGUGGGAAGUGUCCAGCUCUUGUUGAUUCAGAUGUUAAUCUACAAGUUGCUGCUAGGAGGAUAAUAGCAGGGAAAUGGGGAUGCAACAAUGGUCAGGCUUGCAUUGGCGUCGAUUACGUCAUCACAACAAAAGAUUAUGCAUCAAAAUUGAUAGAUGUUCUCAAGACUGAAUUGAAGACAUUCUUUGGAGAAAAUCCAUUAGAAUCGCAGGACCUAUCACGGAUCGUGAACUCCUUCCACUUCAAACGGUUGGAGAGUAUGUUAAACGAGAAUGGAAUCGCUGACAAAGUUGUUCAAGGAGGCCAAACAAGUGAAGAUAAGCUAAACAUAUCUCCAACGAUAUUACUGGAUGUGCCGGAAGCAUCUUCCAUGAUGCAGGAAGAGAUAUUUGGACCAAUACUUCCUGUAGUUACGGUACAAAAGAUUGAAGAUGGUUUUCAAGUCAUACGUUCAAAGCCAAAGCCUUUGGCUGCGUAUCUCUUCACAGACAACAAAGAGUUGCAGAAGCAAUUCGUGCAGGACGUGUCUGCAGGAGGGAUUAGCAUCAACGACACCGUCGUACACGUGACUGUAAAAGAUUUACCAUUUGGAGGGGUCGGAGAGAGCGGGCUUGGGGCUUAUCAUGGGAAGUUCUCGUAUGAGACGUUUAGUCAUAAGAAAGGAGUUCUAUACAGGAGCUUUGCCGGAGACUCGGAUCUAAGAUACCCUCCUUACACACCCAAGAAGAAGAUGGUGCUUAAGGCUUUGCUUUCUUCAGACAUAUUUGGAGCCAUUUUGGCUUUCUUUGGGUUCUCUAAAGACUCAUGA